AUGCUCAACCUAAACCCGGGGCUCCGCGAAAUCACGUACAGCAUCACCGGGGGUUCAAUCAUGGCCCAAGGCUACUGGAUGCCUUACUCCUGCGCGAGAGCAGUCUGUGCUACAUUCUGCUAUCACAUCGCCGGGGCCCUCAUUCCGAUAUUCGGACCAGACUUCCCGUCUGAUUGCUUGCCUCCCCAGUCGUCCGAUUUUGCACGCAUGGUCAUCGACCCAAUUCUUGUUGCAGAGGCAGCUCGAGAGACGGAGCUCAUGCGACAGGACGUUAUUCGGGCGAUAGAAGAUGGGGCCACGACGUCAUCUUUCCAUCAGAGUCGGAUCCGACAGCCGCAUGGCGGCUCGCAAGGCACAUACCAGCAGCCAGAUAUCCAUUCCCGUCCUUCAAGUAUGCAUCGCCGAAUCCUACCACCGCCCGAAUCUCUGUACGUCCGCCACAUCGCCGACGCGCUCGAGGACGGAAGGCCACAACUGGCUCCAAUCAACUACUCGGCGCCGCAACAUGAUGACCUUCUCCUCCCAUCGCCUGUAGAGCACGGGAGACUGCCUCCCCUAACUCGAAUGCCUGUUCCCUCUUCAGUCACAUUGCCAAAUCUCUUCCGCCGUGACGCGCAUACACGGAAUCGACAUGGCCACGUGAGAAACAGCCACAACUACACUACAGACCACACUCACCAGCGAGAGCACCAAUCGCUGCCCUCUUUGAGAACGGGUUAUGAGUGCGACAUCCCCAACUCAACUGAAGAGCUUUCCAGACACACUCAGCCAAGGCGGCCACAUUUGGACUCACCGCCGUCGCCCCGUCUAAUUUCAUCAGACCAGCAGGUACGCUGGAGACCGAAAGUGGAGGAAACGCAAUCGUCGGUGCCGCGGGUCGGCAGUGCCCUUCAAGCGACUCUUUCGAAUCCUGGCUUCGAGCAUCGAAGGGGUGUCGCCGACAAUGGACACCAAGAUGGCCACUUUGCACCAUCGUACUGCUACCCAUCUCCACCACGCAGACAACACGCUCAUCUACGCCAUUCCAGCGAGGACGAGAAGAAACCACACUCGGGACCUGUGCAUGUUGUUGUCAAGGACGAAGUGAAGUACGCGACGGCCCUAGAGACAGACAAGAAACCAAUAGGGCCAGCCGACAACCAAGGGCACGAUGUGCAUUACCAUCCCCUACAGAAAACGCCAACUAAGCGCCGCAAAGCCAAGGUCAGUGGUGGUGUGGCGGGGCCAUCGUCGUCAUCUUCGUCCUGGAAUGCCACCGAUGUGGAUGCGGCCGAAGUGCUCGUCAACUUCAGUGUUAAGAUGCAGGCACCUGACACCUUCAAUGACGGCCGCCGUCCAGACACAAAGAAGCCCAAAAACGACCCACGACUCAUCGCAAGCAUAGCAUCGCUCCUGUGUGACGAUGAAGUUCCAUGCAACAAGCGGCGCAAGUCCUAG